AACAAACCCCACUGAUCUGAGCUACUUCAGAUAUGAAAUGACCGCCUUGAGACAAACCCAUUAGGGUCGCUGAAACGAAAGAGGGGUAAUUUCAAUUGCAAGCUAGCUAAUGCUCUUGAGAAGAGCUAGUCCUGGUUCUCCUCUGUUUCCAUCGUGCAAAUCGCGCACCUUUAUUCAAAAUAUUGGUAUGCAAACGUAGUUACGACCUGUUCACAGGUCUCUUGGUGACAGAAGACCCGAAAACGCCAUCCAAAGAGAACUUAAUUAAUCAAGAUGGGCAUCAAGAACAUGUGUAAAUUAGCUGGAAAGUCAGGGAAAAUGAUCGAGCAUUAUAGUAAAUUUACUCCGGUUUCGUUGAGUUUGAAAAACCUUUUAUCAUUUGGUGAAACUGCGCCGGCCUCUAAGUCCUUCGAUUUUCUGAAAUAUGAACUCCCAGUUCGGCUAGGGAACAUUAUGCAGGAGAUCCAUCUCCUGCCCGAUAUCUUAAGAAGGUCAAAACCUGUCCAACAGAUAUGUUUAUUGUAUGAGGAGACAUUCAAUAGCCUUAUCAAGUAUGAAGAAUGUUCGACAAAAUCGCCUUCUACCUUAUCCAGAUUUACAGAUGAUAUUGACCUUAUCUUACAGAAGCAUUCGGGCGUAGUUGAAAUAAUGGCAUUGGGUAUCAAAGAAAUCCAAAGUAAUGAAUCGUGGUCCGAGUCACAAGAGUUGCAACUACAGUAUUUUCUGGAUCGGUUUUACGUGAGUAGAAUUGGUAUCCGAACUUUACUUAAUCAGCAUUUCAAGCUAUAUGGACCCACAUUCUGCAACGUACAAUCUCACGUUGGGGGUAUCGACCCGGAUUGUAGCCCAGUCCAAAUCGCAGUAAAUGCAUACAAUUAUUCCAGACCACUGUGUAUUCAGGCGUAUGGUCGUGCGCCGGGUUGUGACAUUGAAAUCCACGAUUGUGUAAAUAAAGAGCGUGCAUCUGGUAGUUUCAACAAAAUUGAUUUUUGUGUGGAUGCAGCUGGUCAUGCGUCGACCAAAUCUUAUCUUUUGGACAACCAAAGGAAUUGUGCGGAUUUGUCUGUGAAGGGGAAAGAUAUAACAUUUUGUUAUAUACCUGGUCAUUUGUUUUAUAUAUUGUAUGAAUUGUUGAAAAAUUCGAUGAGAGCUGUUACUGAGAGCCAUAAUAAUGAUGCUCACUUGCCAAGAAUACAUAUUCUUAUAUGCAACGGACCUGAAGAUAUCGUUAUUAAGAUUACAGAUUUCGGUGGAGGAAUGGCUUUAAAUAUGGUCGAAAAAACGUUUCGAUACAAUUAUACAACAGCUGUUCAUUCUGCAAAUCUACAUCCUACUGUACUAAAUUUUGAGAAUAACUAUUCAACAAUUCAAUCAGCCAGUCAAGUUACAGUAAAUGAUCGAAUAACAUGUGAAGUUGAACCAGAACGUAAUGCCUGUUUAUCUAUUGCUGGAAGAGGACAUGGUUUACCAUUAAGUAGACUGUAUGCUAGAUAUUUAGGUGGUAAUUUAAAAUUGCAUUCUAUUGAAGGUGUAGGUACAUCAGUAUUGAUUUACUUAAAAAGACAGUCACAAGAUGCUUAUGAAUUGAUUCCACUAUUUAAUCAUACAUCAAAAUCUUUUUAUGAAAAUAGUAUACAACAACGUGAUUGGGUUUCUAAUUCUCAGAGAACUUUACUUGAACCAUCUACAACACCUUAAUGAUGGGUCAUCCUUUUCUUUAUCAUCUUGUUGUAUUUGUUACUUAUCUACUUUCUUAUUCCUUUUUUUGGAAGACAGUCUAUCUUGCCAUUUUCAAAAUAAUAUGAAACAAUUAAAUUGUGUCUUUCACAUGUUGUAUUUUAUUGUUAUCAUGUAUAUGCCCUUAUCUGUGUAUGCAUUUACUGAAAAUUGCAAAACAGAAUGGAAAAAAUGAAAGGAAACAAAAAAAUACCAAGGAAUUAACCCUAUUUACUGCUUAUAUUUUUAAUGCAUUCUUUUUGUUUGUGUAUGUUGUGUAUCCUUUGUUUACUUUUUGUCUUUUAAUGCUCUGACUGAUUUUAUUUGGAUGGUCAAAUAAGAAUAAUAAUGUAUACAUAAUUUUUGGUAUGGUCCAUUCCAUACAAUAGAAUUUUUUGUCUUCACCUAUGGAACUCGGUUUAAUAAACCAUUCCUCAUGUUGCAACUGAACCGUGGUUGAAAGGUGUACACUUAGUCACCACCACUACUUUUUGUACAUCACCUAAGUGUUUGUUUAAUUCGAUCAUAUAAUAAACCAUCUGUACCGUUAACAAUAAUGAAACCAUAAAUAAGCAUCAUUCUGUUGUACAACUACAAAUAAUUUCCUAUCGUAAGCUACCUUUUCAUCACACAAACUGCACUCCUUGGUAAGGAUAUUUUCCAUUAGAUUUUUUCGAAAGACUUAACGAUUGGUAGACAUUGAUAAUGAUUGUUUUAGAUUGUAUUUCUUUACAACGAUUCAAAAAUAAUAUUUUGUUGCCCGAGUUUUCCACAUUUGUAAAACGAAGGAUAAAUAACCUGAAAAUAAAGAGAACUUUCAUUUGUUGACAACAAGUAUAGUUAAAGUGACUGGUUUUAUAAACUGCAAGCUGACAGUAAUUAGUCGUUGUCUACGUCCUUGAUCUUACGUAUUUUCAUUUUGAUCUUUUUAGUCAAUUAGGUCAUAGCUGAGAUGCUGUGGGUUUUUUAAUGUAACUUCAUAAGUCUCGAGAGAUUCUAGUAGUUGUACUUUUAGUUGACGUCUCUCAGUUACCCGACGUGGCUGCGAUCCGAUUUUAGACAGCUAUCUGUGGCAGUAAAUCUGUAAAAUUCAUUAUCUUAGGAAUUAAAAGUAAUGUGGGACUCGAUGUGAUAUUGUAUAUUUAGUUAAUUAAUGAAAGUAUAUACUAAGUAACCACUGAUUAAAGGUAAAUAUAAGAAGGGGUGUUUAUUACGAAGUAGAGAGGAUGGAAAGCGAAUGUCUCGCGCCUUAAUCAGGUUGGUGGGUACGGAAGAUCCUCUAACGAAGUUGGAAAGUCCUGGUUUAAAAUUAGUAGUCUUGAGUGUGAUUCGGAACCACUAGUGCGCAUAGAUUCCAGGAUCCUGAAGAAACAAAUGGUGUAUGAACCUUCUGGUGGUUGCUGACUACUAUGGGGCCGUAUUUCCUAACAUCAUUGCUUUGUAUAUUGGACCUCUAGGUCAAAGGCCCGGAUGGAAUUUAUGGUGAGUCCUAGCAACCGUUAAUUGAUCUCCAGAAAGUGCAUUCGACAUAUAUUGUAGUAGUACUACUGACCGGAGAUUUGAAUGAGCAUGUUGGGCGUCUAGACACAGAAGAGUUAUUUGGAUGGCCAAUUGGGACUUAUUGAUCGUAGGUCAGAUAACGGUGACCGUUUACCGAAACUUGGCGUAAACUGCAACCUGUUUCUGGCUAGCACUA